AUCGAAUCCGAUCGACCAGCAGGAUGAGCCACACCAACAGCUCGCUCCGCGCACAGUGAUGACGUAGCUCCGCUCGCUCGCUCGACAACAAACAUGGAGGAAUAUGCCCGUGAACCUUGUCCCUGGAGAAUAGUGGAUGACUGCGGAGGAGCAUUCACCAUGGGGGCAAUUGGAGGAGGGCUGUUCCAGGCAGUCAAGGGCUUCAGGAAUGCUCCUGCAGGUGUCGGACAGAGACUGAGAGGCAGCGCAAAUGCAGUGAAAGUAAGAGCUCCACAAAUUGGAGGCAGCUUUGCUGUGUGGGGUGGGCUCUUCUCCACCAUUGACUGCGGCCUAGUUCGCCUCAGAGGAAAAGAAGACCCUUGGAACUCCAUAACAAGUGGAGCACUGACGGGAGCCAUUUUGGCAUCACGUAGUGGACCAUUGACAAUGAUGGGCUCUGCCAUGAUGGGGGGAAUUUUACUCGCCCUCAUUGAAGGUCUUGGGAUCCUUCUUACCAGAUACACAGCCCAGCAGUUUCAAAAUCCGGUUCCAUUUGCAGAUGAUCCCAGUCAGCUUCCCCCAAAAGACGGGGGUCAGCAGCAGCAGGGGGCAAAGGGGCAGUUAUAGUAGAGACUGUGGAAGCAGAAACAGAAACAUUAGAAACUAGAAACAUUACAGCAAGCAUUAUGACUUGGAGUUGGAGAUACUGCUCCUUACUUUGGAGUUAAGUAGUUGCACUAAGUGUUUAUACCUCAGGGAGAAGUUACUGUGAUAAAACAAAAAUAUUUGUUUGUAAAUAAGGAUAACAGACAAAGUCAUAUUUGCACCUUGAACAUUUCAUGGAUUAUUUUCACUGUUUUGAUGCUGCUAUAUAGAUAAAAAUGCAUUUUUAUUAUUUAAAUGUAAAUAUAUAGUUUUGUGAUUGUGUGGAAAAUAUGUAUUAAUAAAUUUAAUAAUAAAGCAGCCAAAGAUUUUACAAUUGUAUUUGGUAAAUAUUAAAGCUAUACAUUACAAUAGUAAAUGUGUGUGGUCGGAAGAAACAGUGGACUCUACAGCAAAAUAUUUGUUCAGUAACAUUAGUAUUAUUAUGUUUAUAUCCUUUGAUACAGUCAAUGCAAAGAGCAGCUUAUGUUAUUUUAUAUAAGUUCAGCAGAACCUCAUUCCUUCCUCGGUUUGCAGUCUUUCCUCCCCUGGCAGCUUUUGUAACUCUGACUCUUGUUGGGUCUGAAGUUUACAUUCAGGAAUGCACAAGUUAUGUUCAUAGUACUGAAAAUUAAAAAGAGAAUAUGAGUAAAGGGGGAAUUAUAGCUUGAACCAUUUGGUGAGUUUGCUUAGUCUGCUGUUACGCAACCCUUGUCACUUUGAUUGCUGCUUCAUCCAUCAAAGCAACUCAGCACUUUUCCACCUUUGUGUUUUCUUUAAACUGUAGCAUGGUGCAAAGAGAGGGAGCAGCGUGAAGCAGUGUUGUGCUGUAAACUCUGGACAUUAGGAAGAAAAUGUUUAAUUUAUAUUUUGUCGUAUUAUAUAUGUACUGUGGUAAAGCUGAUAAAACCAAUAAAGGCAUCAAAUGUUUGUGACUUGAA